CGCGGCGCUACUAGACUCGGACCCGCCCCGAUGUCGGAGUGACAGCGCUGACAAGAUGGCGGAGGGCAUCGCAGGGAAGUGAGGAGCACGGCGCCACAUUAUAGCGCUGGAAACGCAGCAAGAAUUGGACAGGACCCCCUGGGUGCCGCAAGCCGCCUGCUGCCAGGCGGUCCCGGGUUGUGGGCAGCGCGGAGCGGCUCAGGGCCGAGCGUCGGCGGAGGACAGGCUGGGAGAGACUCGCUAAGCGGCUGUUUUGCGGUGGAGCAAAGCGCCCGUUUGGCUUCAUCAAGGAAUUAGAGCGAAAUGCUGCGAAACUUAACAACUCCGGGAUAUUCCGUCCCCGCCUAGGCGACAGGCGGCUGCUGCCCGCCGCUCCUUUCCCUUGUUUCCCCUCUUUUUUUGUUCUUUGCCCUCCUGUCGUUUUGCACGUUAUUUCUCGCAGCGCAUCGGCGCCUUGGUCCGAAUCCGGAGAGAGACGCUCGGGACGCGCUGUUCCGACCCCCCCGGCUCCAAGUAAUUUACAAAAGAGCCUCUUUUUUUGCUUUGACGGACUAACAAGACUGGACAUCCAAGCAAACGCCACGGGACCGUUGGGGGGCGUGAUUUGAGGGCGUUUUUUGCUUUUCUUUUUAUCUGGCCACUUUGCUCAGGUGGACAUGGCUCUCUCCCCGGUGCAGGGCGGCCUCCCGGGGAUGCAGAACCUAAAAGCGGAUCCUGAACAGCUGUUUACUAAACUGGAGAAGAUUGGAAAGGGCUCAUUUGGGGAAGUCUUCAAAGGCAUCGACAAUCGAACUCAGAAAGUAGUGGCUAUUAAAAUCAUCGACCUUGAGGAGGCAGAGGAUGAAAUAGAAGACAUUCAGCAGGAGAUCACGGUGCUGAGCCAAUGUGACAGUCCCUUUGUAACCAAGUACUAUGGAUCAUAUCUAAAGGACACAAAAUUAUGGAUCAUCAUGGAAUAUUUAGGUGGGGGAUCGGCUCUGGACUUGCUUGAGCCUGGAGCCUUGGAUGAGACACAGAUAGCCACAAUCCUACGGGAGAUACUCAAGGGACUAGACUACCUGCACUCAGAAAAGAAAAUCCACAGAGAUAUUAAAGCUGCCAAUGUCCUGCUCUCGGAGCAAGGGGACGUGAAGCUGGCCGACUUCGGUGUGGCAGGUCAGCUGACAGACACACAGAUCAAGAGGAACACAUUUGUGGGCACCCCAUUCUGGAUGGCGCCGGAGGUCAUCAAGCAGUCUGCAUAUGAUUCCAAAGCAGACAUUUGGUCCUUGGGGAUCACGGCCAUCGAGCUGUCCAAGGGCGAGCCACCGCACUCCGAACUGCACCCCAUGAAGGUACUGUUCCUCAUCCCAAAGAACAACCCGCCCACGCUGGAGGGGAACUACAGCAAGCCGCUCAAGGAGUUUGUGGAGGCCUGCUUGAACAAGGACCCCAGCUUUAGACCCACAGCCAAAGAACUCCUGAGGCACAAGCUGAUCGUGAGAUAUGCCAAGAAGACGUCCUACUUGACCGAGCUCAUCGACAAGUACAAGCGGUGGAAGGCGGAGCGGUCCAAGGAUGAGUCCAGUUCGGAGGAGUCUGAUUCGGAGCAGGAUGGCCAGGCCUCGGGCAGCGACGGCUCGGCUGGCGACGACUGGAUCUUCAACACCAUCCGAGAGAAGGAUCCCAAGCGGCUGCAUAACGGGAUGGUCCAGUCCAAGGAGCUACCGGGCACCCGGGUGGAAGACACUCCAAGGAGACCCUCAUCAGAGAGUUUGUCCGCGAUAUUGACGCCACUGUUUGAGGAGCUGAAGGAGAGCAUCACAGCGGUCGGGCAGACGUCAGGCGCCGUGGACGAGCUGAGGGAUGCCGUCUUCCUCGCAGAGGAGUCCUGUCCCGGCAUUUUGGACAGCAUGGUGUCCCAGCUGCUUCAGAGGUUCUCCAUAACUGGGGCAGCAUCCUCAUCCCAGUGAGACCAGCGGGGGCCACCAGACAGACAUUGGACAGCCUGGGUGAGGUUCCCCCCCCCCCCCCAGGAGCCGUGUUCAACCCCUCAGCUGCUAGGAACCAACGUUCUUCCCAUCCUGUUUUUGUCCUAGUGCACAUAUGAGAGAGGGGUAUAACCGGCGGGUUCAUUUUUAUUAUCCUUGUGGUGGGGGUGAAGGGUCUUGCCAAUACGUCUGGCCCCCUCCCAUCCCCGCACCUACUGUAACAUACCUGUGAGUCGCAGCUGAGUGUCUGUGCCCCUUGAUCCGGCUGCCCCUCCACCCGUAACGGCGUGAGACACACGCAGCUGACCACAGAGCUCCCUUCGUGGAGACUCUCAGAAGCAGCCGUGUCUCCACAAGAGGGCGUCCCACACGCGCGUGCCGAGUCAAAGGUCCCAUUUCACAUGUGCAAGUGUGAAUUCUCAAACGUGUGUUUUUUGUAUAUGGCUGAUCUCACACGUACAUGUGUACAUGCGUAAGAAUCCCGUGCACAUUGGGGAAGCCUCGCUUGGAGGGACGAAGUGUCUUUUCAUAAGCUCAGGUAUCCUGCUUUAAGGAUAGCUCCACAGGGUACGGGUAUGGUGCAUGGGGGUCUGCAGAAGGCGAUCGCUGUGCACACACGACUGCCUCUUAGGAUAACUGCAGUCCUAAUAAAAAUGGCCGCAGUUUUAAAAAGGGGGGAGAUAAAACCUCAUCGUUAUCAAUGUUAGUGUUUUUAUAUAUUUUUUAAAUUUUGAUCUGAUUUUAUUUCUGAUCACUAAAAUGUUUUAAUCUGUACUCUGUGUCUAGAUGGGAUGAUGAUGGUCAUGAUCACCAUCGUUUUUUUUGUGGUUCUCCCUGGACGUUAGAGACUAAGUGGUGGCAGGUCGAUGUUGUCAGAGCGUGGCCCUAUAUGGUCCUGGGAAGGCAGCGUGAUACCCCUAGCUUCUGCUGGCCCAGGGGAGUCAUUUUCAUUUUCCAACCCGGCUUCCCUGCCCUGCACCGCUCCCCGCAGGCCUCACUGUGCCAGUGCGGUGCCCAAGUCUUCCAGCUGCACCUUCCAGUGGUGCCGGCAUCUGCUACCCAGCAGUCUGAUUUGCACUCUCACUGUACAGACUGGCUGCCAGCAGCCUACAUCAGCUCUCAAAUCCUCAGUUGGGGGCACUGCAGGAUUUGCACAGGUGUGUGUAUGUGAGGCUUUUUAAAAAUUAUUCUCCUUAAAUCCCUGUCCUGUCUUUGUGUGCCCUCCAGCAGAACCGGGCCAUCCACUGGAUCUGGUUCUGAUCCUGUCAUCCACUGACACAGUGGUUUAAGUGCCAUGUCACCUGCCCUCCUGGUUUAUCACAUCCUGCUCGUUUCCAUUUCUCGGUUGCACUUUGUCAAAUGUCUAUUAUUAGUAUUUAAUGAUUUAAAGGUACCAGAGGUCUUGUCUUUUAUUUCUUACAGUUGCUACUGUACCUUUGCAAGUAUGGCAAUAAUGCAGUGUUCACUGGAUGUUCUUCAGGACCCUUAUGUUGUAUGAAAUCAAAAUCCAAUAUUUUUCUAACUAUAAAGAGCAAGUAUUGUAGUACAGAAUAAAUUUUAAAAUCUGAUUAUUACGGAAGACCUCUUUAUUGUAAGUUAUGAGGAAACACUGCAGGUAGAAAUUGUAAAUUUCACUUCUGUAACACUGUUUACAGUCCUGUAUAUAAUCCUUACUUCUGAUAUUAAAAUGCUGAGCUAUUUA